UUCUAGUCAAAGGAAGCUCUACAGAGAUGUGAUGAAGGAAAACUUUAUGAACCUGAUCUCCAUAGAGAAAACACAUGAAGAAAAUGUUGAUGAGGACUACCAGAGUCUCAGGAGAAAUCUAGGGUAAUUUAUACUCAAGAGAGAGGACUUUACAUCAAACAUUUGUUGAUGAUAAGACAACUGAGAACCUAGUAUAUUAUCCAAAUAUACCUAAGUAUAAAUUAAUUCUAACGUAGAUAUUUAUAAAACUGCAAUUGGAUGUGAUCAUUCAGAAUUUGAAUAUCCCAUCUCUGUAAUUUCUGAAUGUCACCAAAAUGUGCUGCAACAUUUAACUAUGUAAGAGAUUUUUCAGUGGUUCAUUACAUAAAAACUUGCCUCAUACUCAGAAGUAUUUGAUAUAUUUUUAUGAUGUUUUCUGAGGGUUUUAUGUAUAAGGGAUGUUUGUUGUUAUUAUCUUGGUUCUUAGAAUUAUUUGGUUUUUUAAUGCAUGCUUUGUUUCAUGUAUAUUCUGUGUUCCACAUUAAGUAGUACAUCAAUACAUUUUGACCCUUUCGAAGGGCAUAAGAGGGUAUAAGACCUCCCCCUCCAGCUACUGCUUAUCUUGGCUACUGUUAAACUGCCUGCUGGGACAAAAGCUUCCCCUGCACUGUUGAGCAAGAUUACAGUAUAUGGUAUUUGGUCUAAAUACUUGGGGCUACAGUUAGGUCCCAAAUAACUGAGUGUAGUCUCAGCUGACUGGAAUAAAUCCUUUUAGUUGGAUAUUUAAAAAAAGAAAGAAAGAAAAAGAAAAAGAGGGUAUAAGAUCCCCAUCCCCUGGGGUUGCAGUUACAGACAGUUGUGAGCCACCCGUGGUGCUGAGAAUCAAGCAUGGUCUCUCUAGAAAAGCCUCAGUCCUCUAAACUUCUGAGUUACCUCAUUAGCCUCAGAAGAACUAUUUUUAAUUUGCUUUUUUAUUGCUGAGAUAAAGACCAGGACAAAAGACAACUUUACACAAAGGACUUAUUUUGGUGCCUGUUGUGACUUCCAUAUCACAGGCUCUCAUCAUGGAAAAUAAGGCAGGAACUCAUGCUGGUCAGGAAGCUGAAGACUAGGACAGAAUCAGGGAUUAUAGAAGAACACUGCUUACUGGGUUGCUCCUCAACACUUCCUCAGCUUCAUUUCUCAUAGAACUCAGGCCCAUAUGAUAAUAAUGGGUGGUGCCCACAGCAGACUGGGUCCUCACACAUCAUUUUUGUUUUGUUUUGUUUUGUUGUUUUUGUAAUUCACACAUCAAUUAUUAAUCAAGAAAAUACCCCCACAGAUUGCUGGCAGGCAAAUCUGAUGGAACCAGUUUUCCAAUUGAGGCUCUCCUCAGAUGGAGAUGGCUGUGACUUGUGUCAAGUGGACAAAACCCUGACCAGCACAAUUGACUCCUUGUGAUCUUGACAUACAGAUUCACUACUAUUACACUAUAACUUUUCCUUUCCUGUUUGUCCCCAUGAUAUCAUGUUAUUAUCACAAUAUAAAUCAGAGCAUAACUGUAGGAAUCCCACAGUCUUAAAAAAUAAUUAUACACUUUAAAUAUUUAGUGUCUCUUAAAUCCAAAAUGUCUCCUCUGUGGGCUCCUGUAAAAUCAAGUACAUGACAGACACUUCUUAUUUCAAAAGGAAAGAAGCAGAGCACAGGUCCCAUUAGCUCAAAGGAAACUCCAAAUUCAACAAUGUUAAUCACAUUCUGUAGCUCAGUGUCCUUCAUGUGGUCAUGAUAGUCUAGUCUCCAAAGGGCUUAGGGAACACAACUUUUGUGUUCGCUAUCAACAACACAUAUCACUUGACUCCUAGACUCAGUACCUCAAGUCCGCAACAGCUUCUGUCCUUGGCAGUCAUCCAUGGUGUUGGCAUCUCUCAUCUGCUAGGAUCCAUACAGGUCGCAGCUUCCCCUUCACUUUCUGAUUUCUCUCCAGGAGCUCCAGCCUUGACAUUUGGUGCACAAUCUCAUCUGUUCUCAAUAAACCCUUCGUUCUUGGUGUUUCCACUGUCACCUUCUGCAGUGACAGGAGAGCCUGGCCUUUCACUAAACCCUGUCUCAGCUUCUCUCCAUGACCCCUUCAUUCCUGUGCUUCUCAUGCUGCUAAUGUCAAUACCACCUGACAGAAUCUUACACAUUGCCAUGGUUUGCUUACAGUUUGAAGUGCAGCCUUGGGCCCCUGUGGUAUUUGUGCUGACCGAAAUCUCUGAAGAUGUAGCCUCAAUACUUGUUAUUAUAGCUGAUUCUUCAGCUCCAGCUGACCAGAAAGCACAGAUUGUUAAUAUAAACGAUUGCAUGAACCACUCCAUCGAGUCUCCAGGGUACUCUUAAGCGCCCCUUUGAGAGUUUGCUUGACUAUUCUAGAGUGGAAUCACAGCUGCCGUUCCUCUACUCAGGGAAGGUUCUCCUCCUUUACAAAACACACAGCUGCAAGAGGGAUCGAUUCACUUGGAGCUGUGAGGGUGGAAGGGGACACUCCUUCGCCAUCCACAUCAGCCAUGGUGAUCAAGGGUAUGGCAUAAGUUGCAGCCAGAACUCUGGUUGAGAAAGGUGGUGAAUAUGGACAUGACAGUCAGUGUGCAAAAACCCAGCAACAGAUUCCAGAGCCUAUGGUUAAUGAGGACAUGCCUCCUUCUAUAACAUUAUAUGAAAGCAGUAGCAGUUUGUGUAUAAGAAACGCCAUUGGUAAUUUGCCCUCAGAUGUGCACCUCAGUGAUCAAACUGAAGAUAAACUAUUUGAGUAUAAGGAAUCUGUGGAGAAGGCUUUUAAACAUGAAAAAUGUUGGGAAGAUAUGGGUCAAUCUGAGUCAUUUCAGGAACAUGAAUGUUCUAAAAAAAUAUCUUCUGAAAGUCAGCAAUGUAAUACAGCUUGCGGGAGUCUCCAUUGUGAUCAGCAUCAGGAGAAGACUGACAUUGGAAACAGGCAUGAUGACGAUGCCGUUACAAACUACACACAUGGCCAGACAGACGAAAGUGUCCAGAGUGAAGUAAAGCCAUUUGUAUGUAAGCAAUGUGGAGAAGCGUUUGUUAAUUCCAGUCACCUUAUCAGCCAUGAACGAAUUCAUAUUGUAGAAAAGUGUUAUAUUUGCAAACAGUGUGGAAAAACAUUUAGAUAUUUGUCAUGCUUUCAAAAACACGAAAGAAUUCACAGUGGAGAGAGACCUUAUGCGUGUGAGCAGUGUGGGAAAGGAUUUAUCCAGUUGAAAUACCUUCUCAUGCACCAAAGAAGUCACACUGGAGAAAAUUCUUAUGAAUGCAAACAUUGUGAAAAAGUCUUCACUAUUUCCAGUGCUGAUGAUGUUCCUGAAAGAAUUCACUGUGGAGAGAAACCGUAUUCAUGUAAGCAUUGUGGGAAAACUUUCACUAGUCCCAAUGACUAUAAUAGUUGUGAAAGUAUCCACACUGGAGAGAAUCCCUUUGUAUGUAAAAAAUGUGGGAAAGCCUUCAAACGUUUGGGUCAUUUUAUGAAUCAUGAAAGAAUUCACACUGGAGAGAAGCCUUAUGCAUGUAAACAUUGUGGGAAAGCCUUCACCAGUUCCAGUGACCGUAAUAGCCAUGAAAGAAUACACACUGGAGAGAAACCCUUUGUUUGUAAAACAUGUGGUAAAGCAUUCAGUCGUUCUGAUUAUCUUAUCAAUCAUAGAAGGAUACACACUGGAGAGAAGCCUUAUGCAUGUAAGUAUUGUGGAAAAGCCUUUGCCACUUCCAGUGACAGAAAUAGCCAUGAAAGAAUUCACACUGGUGAGAGAUCCUUUCUAUGUAAAAAAUGUGGAAAAGUAUUCAUUCUUUCUGGUGACCUAAUAAAGCAUGAAAGAAUUCACACUGGAGAGAAGCCUUAUGCAUGCAAACAUUGUGGAAAAGCUUUCACUACUUCGAGUGCUCGUAACAGUCAUGAAAGAAUUCACACUGGAGAGAAGCCUUAUACAUGUAAGCAUUGCACAAAAACUUUUACCACAUCCAGUACCCGUAACAGUCAUGAAAAAACUCACACUGCAGAGAAGCAUUUUGCAUGUGACCUUUGUAGGAAAACCUUCAACAGUCAGAGUUCCUAUUACACUCAUAAAAAAAUUCAUUCUAUGCAAGAGAAACUUUAUGUAUGUAAACACUGUGGAAAAGAAUUCACUUACUGUGGUAAUUUCCUCAAGCAUGAAAGAAUUCACACUAUGGAAACCUUGUCCGUGUGAGUAAUCUGUGGUUGUGUUCCACAAACCAUCACAAAGCCACGUACGGGUUCAUAGUGAGAAAUUUGUUCAGCUAUAAAUAGUGUGAUGCUCUGGGUUUCCAACUUAUGAGUUUAGAUGACCCUGAGAUGGCUCAGUUAGUAAAGGAUCUUCUGGGUAGCCUGAUGGUCUCAGUUUUAACUGUGGAAGUCAGAUGGUAGAAAUAGAGAGUCAUUUCACAAAAGUUGACUUCUGAAGUCAACUUCUGAAGUCCACUUGUGUGUGUGCAUACACAAAUUAGGUAAAUAAAUAUAGUGCUAAAGUAAGAAAAAAAUGAAAAAAUUUUGACGUGGAAAGAAGCAGAUGUGACCAGAAAUAGUGUAAUUUUAGCCCUAGUAUGUAAACGUAUUCAGGAUAAAAUCCUGCUCUGAUACAUAUUUUAAUGCCUGCUUAUUACAGCUAGGAUAGGAGGCUAGCAAAAUAAAGUAUCCAAUACAGGACAUUUGACUACCAUUUGGAAAUUUUAAGGUGAACCUGUUCUAACUAAAUGAAAAUUUUACUGAAAAAAUUAAAAAAACUAUGAUUUUCAGUUGAAAUAAAGCUUAUAAAACACUUUCAUGUUUUUAAAUCUUAUAAAGAGAAUUUAUGUUUGUGUAGAAUAUUUUACAAAUAAUCCGAAGAAAGUACAAUAAAAAUUUUAACAUUU